UUCCGGCCGGCCAGGUUGCCCUGUCUUCCGCCCGCGGACAGAGCGCGCCAGGAGCCUCACCGCCCCGCCCUCUAGCCUUGCUGGCGUGGUGCCGCCAUGGAGCGCUUGGACAAAGCGGCGCUGAAUGCCCUGCAGCCGCCCGACUUCAGGAGUGAAAGUUCAUUAGCAUCUACCCUGAAGACGCUCCUGUUCUUCACCGCCUUGAUGAUUACAGUUCCUAUCGGGUUAUAUUUCACGACUAAAUCAUACGUUUUUGAAGGCGCCUUGGGCAUGUCCAGUCGGGACAGCUAUUUUUAUGCCGCUAUUGUGGCAGUGGUUGCUGUCCACGUGGUGCUGGCCCUGUUCCUGUACGUGGCGUGGAACGAAGGCUCACGACAGUGGCGUGAAGGCAAACAAGAUUAAAGAGAACACCACCUUCUGAUAACGUUCAGUUGAUUUUUCAAAAUGAAAAUGCUUCUGGGGGCAGUGAUGAUUAUAAUAAAAUUGGAAGAACAUGUUAAAAUCAAUCCUAAGGAGUCAUGUUUGACUAGUGUAAAAGUUGAUCUUUGUAAUACAGUGGUUUGUAAUAAUCAAUUUUAACUGUAUGUGUCUUUAAUUUGCAGAUGAGAAUUUAGAAAAGUUAAAUUAGUUCCAAAUAGUAUGUUGAAUUAGUUCCACGUAAUUCUGGUAAAAAUGUUAUCUUACAACAGUGUGUUUUACAGCAUUUUGUCUUUUACUUGGUUUUGCGUGGUACUUCUCUGGAAAUAUUAAGAUUGAUACAGAGAAGGAAAUUGAAGCUUCAUUUUACACUGGAACACUUUCCUAACUCAGGAAAAAUGCCAGGUCAUUGGAUUUUGUUAUUUUAGAUUUCUUACAAAAUGUUUAAAUUGUACACACUGGAAUUAAUCUGAAUGCCACUGAGGAAUUCUGCAUAAAGUAUAAUUCCCUGGUCAGUGGGAUUCUUUUUUUACAUUAUUUUAUGGGUAAACUAGUCUACAUCAGACCAUUCAUGAUAAAAGGACUUGUUUUAUUGAAGGAUAUAGAGAGCAAAGCAAGUCACAGAUCUGUAUGGUUAGAUAAUCCUUGAGGUCCUAUCCUUAGUCUAUUUUUUCCAGCCAUUUGGUACUACUUAUGUGGGUUUUUAUGUGUGCUCUAAAAACAAGCCUCCAAAAUGUUUUCUUUCAUAAUACAUGUUUACUGUAGAAAAUAGAAAAACGCAUAAUAAAAUGUGAAGAGAAUUAGAAUUUUCCAUAAUUUUGUCACCUGGAGAUAACCACUAUUUUGGCUUGUAUCCUAUGUUUUGAGAGCCAUUUCUUAAUGCUGCUUCAGUAGACAGUAAAAGUUUGGUGUAAGUUCACAUUCUGCCAACUUUUCCCUGACAACCAUUUGCAGUUUCUCAGGUUAGUGAUUACUUUGCCUGCUUUCUAGUAAACCACAUUCUACCAUUAAUCUUUUAACUAGACAUCUCUUACGUGUUUGCCAGCACCCGUAUAUUUGUUCUCCCUUAUCAUUUAUUCUUUUGGUGGAACUGGACUAGAGGAAUAGUGAUGCUUAGGCAUGAACAUCAAGUAGGCAUUUGUGUUUGAUUGUCAAGAACAAUAAAAGAUGAAUACGA